GCUCUAUUAUUAGUAUAAUACUUGUAACUCUGUAGCAGACAACAGUUCGAUAAAAUUCUGUUAACAUAGAAUCUAAUCUUGUGGUUACAAGAUUGGAUUCUAUAAGUUUCAAAGAGAUUUAGUUUAUAUAUUUUAUAUAAUACAGUAAAUGUGUACGAAUGACCGGCAAUAAUUCAGUCACUGAAAUUAUCCAUGAAACUAGCUAGUAACUCCUAAAUGCGUGUAGAUUAAAGGGGAUUAUUUUACCUGGAUAUGAUUGUCUCUGAUGAGCCUAAGGUACCAAACAUGCCAGCAAUGUUGAUACCGGUUUUGUAGCUCCUCGAAAUUCAAACAGUACACAACACACGGAGCAACACUUCUCUGUCCAUUUUUCAGUUUUUGCGCUGUGGCGUUAGCGAGCGGGAAAAAAAAAACGGAAGUAGGGGCGGACUUGAACGAAGGCUAGAAGGCUGUCCAGUUUCACAGCCGCUCACUUGUGUCCUAACCGGCCAUCAAUGGAUCAUACGCAGCAUCCUUCCCCUGAAUUUGGACACAGCCUCUCUGUGGGUUUGUUCCUGUUUACCGUGACAGUCUCCUCCUGUGUAUCAUGUUCAGGUUUGUUAGCCUAGAUUAGUAUCAGCUGUGUUCCCACCCUGCCUGUUCCCUCAUUAUCACAUGUGCAUAUGUUAUCCCUCUGUGUUCUUUGUCACAUUCACCCUCCUUGUAGGUGAUAUUUCUGUCAGUCAGUCAGUAUUAUGUCCAUUUAUUGUUUAUUGGGUAUUUUGACUUUGUUGCUUGCCACCCUUUUUAAAGCUGUGAUUGUGAGUUCAGUUCUGUGAACUGAACUCACAAAAGUGGGGGAUGCAGGUUCCUUCUUUUAUAUCCCUCUUUUACAAAAUGCAAUACUGAACCCUCCUGGCACUAAUGUGCAGCUGAAGCUUUUCUGACACCAGGGGUGCCUGCAGCAAAUGCAGCAGCAUAUAUUCCUUUCACCAGGUUUCUUCGCGCACAGUUUCUCUUUUAUGCAAAAUGCAGCUGCAAACCUUUCUGACACUGGGUUGCAAUGGACAUUACAGGCAGAGGGUGUCCAGUUAAUCACUCCGCCGCCCUUCCUUUGCAAUAUUUAGCAGCAAACUUCUCUGGUACCAGGAUUCUCCAUCAUCUAUCCUUCCUCACAAAAUGCAGCAGUGCACAUUGUGGGCACUGUGUUGGAACACAAAAGGAGGAGAAGUUUUGGCUGUAGCUGUCUCAGCUUUCACAGUAGCUCAACAUUGAACUUUUAAUAUUUAAUAGAGUAACCUGAUUAUAAAUUCGAGUAGCAGAAACAAAGGCAGAACACAAAAGAAUAAAAAUAAAAAUGAUAAGCUACUUUGUUGGCUCCAGCAAACAUUCAUUAUGGUGUUUAUUUUUCAGAAACAUGGCUGACCAGACAUCGGUUAACAGAUUGACCGUGGAUGGCUGUCAUCCGGUCAACACAUCAGUCCACGCUUUCUUUAUCCUGAUCUACAGCCUCGUGUUUCUGGUGGGUUUACUCCUCAACAGCUUCACCAUGAAGUUUUACUUCUGUCGAACUCAUCAUCGGGUAUCCAGCAGCCUGACAGUCUACCUGAAGAACCUGACGGCUGCUGACUUCCUGCUCUGCCUCAGCCUGCCCAUCCGCAUCACCAACUACGCCAGCAGCUCCACCACCAUCCUCCAACUCCACUGCAGCAUUGGAAUCCCUGUGCUAUACUUUAACAUGUACACCAGCAUCCUGUUCAUGGGGUACAUUGCUGCUAACAGGUAUCUGAAGAUCAUCCAUCCAUCAGGAACUCACAUGUUGCAGACAGUACGAGCUGCAAAAAUCCUCUCCGGGAUCACCUGGGCUUGUCUCCUGGCCCCAACAAUCAGCUUCAUCAUCACAUUUUUCAUCACCCAAAAACCUCAGAUCUCUGACCUCAGACACUGUGACUCCGUCUUCAGUGCAUCUGCCAGCCUGCUCGGAAAGGGCAUCCACACCUGUUUGGGGAUCAUCUUCCUGGUGGUCCUAAUAUCCCUGGUCUUCUUCUAUUACAACACCUCCCACAGGGUGUUGCUGGCACAGCAGAGGCGAUUCUCCAGCUCCAACUCCAAGAAGCUUGUGAAGUCUCGCAAGAACAUGUUGCUGCUGGUGUGCGUCUUCUGUGUUUGCUUCAUCCCCUACCACCUGGUUCGCCUUCCCUACAUUUUUCUGUUGAAUAGCCACUCCCUGGUCUCUGUGGUUCUAUUCUAUCUGAAUGAAGUGACCAUCAUGAUAUCGGUUUUCAACGUGUGUCUGGAUCCUCUUAUCUACUGUUUUCUCUGUAAGGCUUUUCGGGCCCAGGUGAACUUGAGGAUGCCAUCCAGGUUUGCACAGAUCAACAUCCAACCAGUAAAUAAGGAGAGGAAGAGCAGCGAGGAGCAGCUGGACACGCUUACACCAGUGACAAUGAUUCAAACCAGUGAGCUGUAGAGAACAGGUGAUCUUUGUCUGAGAGUCAGAUAAGACGAGUGAACCAAGAAUCGGGUAGCUCAAGACAUCAUGAACAACAGGAGCUUCUGCUGUUAGGAAUAAAAUGAUUAAAUAAAGCUCUUUUUAUUAUCUUUAUAUACACAUUGCUGUGUGCUCAUUAAAGAGGCGGCACUCCAUGUAAUAAGGGUCAAACUGAUUCGGCGCUAUGACUGAAUUGAAUUAUUGUCAAUGACAUGUAGAGGAGAAGAAGGGAUUUUUGCAAACAUGCUUACACAUCAUAACUGGUUAAAGUCAGGGUGAUAUUUUUUCUGGGUCAAGUUCUGGUUCAUGUCUGACCGAGACGAGGUCAGAGAGAAGAUAUGCAAGAGAGGAGCACCAUGUUGCUUCCUAGAAGAAGACAGUCAUAAUAAUAGAUGUUUUUGUUUUAGUAUUGAAGUGUAUUGCCCGCCCUGAGGGUCAUCUUUGUGUGAAGCAGACUGCUGGUUUCACAUCGAGGUCUGUAACUUGUAAUUUCAACUGCUGAAGCAAAUUAAAUCUUUUAAAAAACA